AUGCCCCUGGUAGCUCGGAUCACCGAGAUAGGAUUCAAUCUAUGUUUUAUUUUGUUGACUGGCCAUGCUUGUGCACAAUUGGUCCAACUGGGUAAUACAAUACAAGCGCAUGACGGAAAAAUCCGUCACUCAGCAGGAGAAAAUAUCCUGCCAGGAUGCAGUUGUUUGAAGUGUAUUGUUAAUACUCACGUGCGAAUUCACGAUUUUGUCGUACGCAUAGAUAGUUAUUUUCACAAGACCAUGUUUCUGCAGCUCAGUCAAUCUGUUAUUCAAGUCUCCAUUGUUGGAUUUAUUGCUGCAGAGGCAUUUGUUAAUCAGAACUAUCCACGUCUUAUACAAUAUGCGUUCUACAUGUUAAUGAACUUUCCGACGUUUCUUCUGUACUGUUGGAUGGCAGAUAUUGUCCAACAAACGAGUGAGUCCCUCGGUGAUAUUGUCUACUCUACCGAAUGGACCAGGAGAGACCCAAAAAUUGCUCGUAAUUUGAUGCUCAUUAUUCUCUACUCGAGAGUUCCCCUCAAACUUACGGCAGGAAAAUUUUUUGUCCUCGACCUCAGUUUUUUCCGAGAGGUUUUACGUUUUCACAUCGACGUCGUAUCUAUCAGUGCUGGUCAAUAUCAAGUUACGUCAAUGAAGGUAUUUGUGGUAGUUUUCACUAGUGACAGUGAAGUUUAUGCCUCAUCGAUUCCUCCACUAGCGCUUUUAAGGCCCGGAUGGAGGGAAUUUUUUUACAAUUGGCGACUUUACGCCCUCUCACUUCGCGGUCAAACCCAGAAGCUUGAUCUCACGCGAUGCCCUGUCGGUAACUACGGCAUUCGCUGA